AAGAUGGGGAGCUCAUUAUUAUACCUUCAUACGUGUUGUACGAUAUCUCCACGAGCGCGGCAUUACACAUCGCGAUAUCAAACCAGAAAAUAUACUCUGUAUGACAAAAGAUGACUACACUAUUGUGAAGUUGGCUGAUUUUGGUCUCGCCAAAGACGCAGAUGCCUCAACCAUGAAAACCUAUUGCGGUACGCCUAAUUACAUGGCUCCGGAGAUGAUAGAAAAUGAAAAGGUUCCCUAUAAUCCAAGAGUUGACAUGUGGAGCUUGGGUGUAGUGCUUUUUACCGGCAUUUCUGGCUACCCUCCAUUCAGUGACGACUACCAGGACAUGGAUCUGAAGUCACAGAUAAAGAAAGCACUACAAAUUCAUCAUCACGAAAAAUCAGCGGUUAAUUUGUGCUUAGGUCGACUCAUAUUCCAUAAUCAAUGGAAAUACGUGACUCUGGAAACGCAGCACGUCAUCAAGAUGAUGUUAAGAGUCGAUCCCAUACUGCGAGUCUCUGCAAGCGAUGCUCUGAAAAAGUCGUGGUUACAGAACAGCGAACCGGUAUCGAAAGCAAAGGCUGUUGUGGCGAAGUUUGUACAAGCAAAGGUCAGCUACUCAAAAGAUGGGGUAGAAGUUUAAGC